AUGGCUACUUCACAUUCUCUCCCCUCUCUCCUCUUCUUUCACUUGGCCUUUUCGCUUAGUUUCACUUCCUUUGCGUCAACUCAAUACUCACCAUCAUCGAUUGCGUCUGACCAGAUCAAGUUCUGGUAUGAAAAUGUUCACAACCAAAUGCCAGAUUCUGUCUUUAAAAAACUAUCCCCGUUAACAAAAACGGAUCGUGAUUAUUACAAAAAUCUGAUAACCAAAAAAGAUUUCUCAGAAAAUCCUAGUUUUUGCUCACUUGCUAAACUCUCUUGUUCACCCGGAUUAAAGGAUGCUCGGCGAAAACCAACCAAUACGUACAGUAAUAAUGGUGCAUCACCUAUCAACUCCAAUGCGGCAGACAAAUUUUCUUACUUCAGGAUCUCAACCCUUACAGAAGGAAAUAAAUUCCAUCUCUCAGAUUUAGAAGAAAAAAUUCCAAAUCGAGCAUUUCUCCCUCAAGAAAUAGCAUCAAAAAUUUCUAUCAGCAGAAAAAGCAUUACAAAACUAUUUCCCAAGUCCUUUGAACUGUCAAAAAAUUCUAUGGAAAUGACACUUUCUUAUUGCAAUGCACAAGCUCUAAAGGGAGAAAUCAAGAAUUGCCCAAAAUCCCUUGAAGAAAUGAUUAGUUUCGCAAAGUUUGCCUUAGGCAAAAACAAGUUACUCGUGCUGGCUUCAGAACGCACAAGAAGAAGUGAAUUCCUGAUAAGAAAGAUCAAGAAAUUUGAUAGGCAGAAAGUAGUGGCCUGCCAUGAAGUUUAUCUUCCCUUUGCUGCCUAUUUCUGCCAUUCAACCUCUUCAACUCAAAUCUAUGCUGUAGACUUGAUUGAACCCGAGACUCGACUCCCAGUUAGCACUGUGAUUGCGAUAUGUCAUAUGGAUACCUCAGCUUGGCCUGCAAAUCAUGUGGCUUUUAAGAUUCUGAAAUUCUCCCCUGGAGAAGGCGAGGCAUGUCACUGGAUAUCGAACAUUGAUCUUGCAUGGAUUGCUGUUGACUAG